GCACCUUUCUUAGAAACUUUGUGUAUCGGACUCGGUCGGAAAUGUCCCAUUGAAGGAGAUGUCGCAAGAUGGGUUGCAAAUUCUAUUGAUCGCUUUGUGUGAAAGCUAGACAUGGAGCUUCUCUAGCCCACGCAGCCUACCAGCUUACCUGAGAGCCUCUACACCUGCAAAACGCUAGUGGAAUUGACUCUUUCCAACAAGGUUCUUGUUGAUGUUUCCAUCCUCGGCUUGCCUCCCGUCUCUCAAAAUAUUGCGGCUUUCUUUUGUGGUCUACAAAGACGAAGAUUCACUUGUCAAGCUUUUAUCAGGUUGCUCACUUCUUGCUCCAUCGGAAGUGUGCCUUGGCAGCUGUGAUUGCCAGAGCUACUACACACACGAUUGGGACUAUGUUUCGCUAUGAUAUGUUUCGUUAUGAUGAUCCACAUAUCCUUGUUCUUUGUCAUGGUCAUGACAAGUUUCAAAGAAUUAUUCCCUUUGUCACGACUCUCUAUUUAACUUUGAAAAGUCCAGAGUCAUUUGAGGCUCUGAAUUUUGGUGGCUAUACCUUCUCUAGACUUCAAGAGCUUGUACUACGUCUAGAUGGGAGUUUCUGGUUGGAUCUAAUUCCAAUAAUUCUCAACAAGUCUCCUAAACUAGAACUUCUAGAUAUAUGUUCUGUAAAUGGAUAUCAAUUACCCACAUUGUUUUGGAACCAGCCUAGUUUUGUUCCCAGAUGCUUGUCGUCCCAUCUAGAGUUCUUUAAAUGGUAUGAAUAUAGUGGAAUUGAAGAAGAGAAACAGCUCAUGAGAUACAUUCUUGCAACCUCAAAGUAUUUAAAGGAAGUGACAAUCACUUUAGUAUCAACCUUCAAUCUUGAAGAGAAAGAGAUGAUAUUAAAGGAGUUAAAUUCUAUGUAUAGAGUUUCAACAAUAUAUGUCUCAGCUUCUGCUGAUAUGAAACAAUAUAGAUCUCUUAAUCACAUCUGUAUCAAGGAUCAUAAAGUUAUUAUUAUUUGUCGUUACUUAUUUGCAAGUUCUACAACUACUAAUGUUGUCAUUAUACACAGCCCAAAGAUAUUUUCUCUUGAGAAACUGUCAUAG